AUGAGUAUAGGAGAAGAAAGCAGUUCUUCAGAAGAUGAGUUUCAUAAAAUUAAUAAGUAGCUCGCAGGUCUAUUUAAAGCAUAAGUCAAGUUACCAUUACAUUUGGCUUGUAAGCAGAACUUGAAAAAGGUAAAGUGCAAAAUUGAUGCAACUAGAAACGAGCCGACCAAAAAAUAAAGACAAAAGACCAAAAAUUAAGAAACUGAUGAUAAUCAUUAAUCUGAUAGUGGGUCAGACUAUGAGUUACCUAGAGAGUAAAGACAUGUCAUCCCAUAACUCAAAGAUAAUGAGUAUCUUAGAAUGUUUUAAGGUAAAAACCCAAUGCAUGACUGUGACCGUGAAAAAGCAUCAUCAAUUAUUUCAAAUUUAAUACUUCCUACUAAAUAAUAGUUAUAAGCGAACCCCUACCUAAAUAAAAGUAAACUUGAAGAACCUAAUUUUGAAUUAUCUGACGAUCAACUCAAGGAUAUGUCAUAAUUACCAGACUCAAUCAAUAAUCUAAAACUUUCAAAAUCAAAUGCCAAUAAAAAUAUAGAGUUUAAGAGUAGGAAUCUUAUAAUGGGCGCCUUAAACUUGAAAUAAAUAAAAAAUGGGGCUAGCUCAUCUAUAAAUAGGCUAAAAUCAUAAGUUCCUUAAGAAACCAUAAAUGACGAUUUAAAAGGUAUCUAUUGUGACUAAAAGAACAUGACAGCUUAUCCAACAUUAGAUAAAUAAUAGAAUAAAACUUAUAUGACAAGCAAAAAAGAUUAAUCUCAAUCAUAAUUGACGGAAGAGAUAAGACAAUUUUCAAAGCACAAGUUAUCGAGACAAUUUAUUCUAAAACUUAGAGAAUAUGAAAAAUUUAGAAAGUAAAACAAGCUUCACGAAUUUAACUUAAAUUCUUUGUAACUUAAGGAUAAGUUGUACAGAUACAAAAAUCAGAUGGAUGGUUUUUAGGGUAAUGAGGACAAUGCUAAGGAAGAAAAUUCUUUUAAAAAAUUGAAGUGCUCAGAUAAACUUCUGAGAUUCUAAUAAGAUAUACCUGUGUAUCUUAAGGACAAAGCGAGAAAUAAGUUUUGUAUAUAAGAGCGUGACAUAUCACCUAUUUUUCAUUAAAAGGAAGAGACUCCAGAGAUGGAUGUAGGAAAGCUAUUUCACAUUGGCGAAUAUCUAAAAGAAAGCAAGUCCAGUUAUCAAAAAAAUUACAAUUUCAAUGGAUACGAUUCUUUAGGAGCAAAGAAAGGUUUUAACCACAUAAAAUCCUAAAAAACUUUUUCUACAAAAGAUAGUGAUUCAGAAUAUUGUAUGUUCAAUCUUCCAACAAUCAAUGAUAAAGGAGAAAAAUCCACUAAAGCUUAGGAGACUUCUUAAAACUUCAAACAAUCAGAGUCUACUCUAAGAUUAAAUAAAAUUCUAAAAAAAAGUAAAAGGCUAAUUGAUGUUGAUGGUAAGAACAAUAUCUCACAGAUGCUUCAAUCUUUAGAGGAUCUACAAGAUAAAUAAGAUUAAAUAGCUAUUGAUAUUGAAGAAGACCUAUUCAAGACCCCUAAUAAGUUGUAAUCUUAGAAAAAUAGAUUAAAUUAAACUAUUAUCAUGCAACCAACUUAAGGUAGAGAUUAAAGUAUAAAUGAUGAUGAUUACAGAGCAUAGUUUAAAAGGAAGCAAGAGAUCUGGGUAAUUAACUCUAUGAAGAGUAUAGAAUCUAAGUAUCAAUAGAUAAAUUACAGAGCUAUUUAACUAGAUUCUCUUAAGAAACAUAAUUAAAUUAGACCAAUACAGAUUAGCAAACUCAAAUCUAACAAAAUAUGA